AUGACAAGCUUCCACACAGUCACAAGCAACCACCUUGCAUAGUUCUUAGCCUCAUGGAAUUCUGCCCCUACCCUGCAUUGUCUGCCCUGUGAAGAGAGAGACCAGAGAGAGAGAGGGCUUCGAUGCUCUUCUCAGGCUGCAGGUCAAGGAGUGAGAACAAGAAAGCCUUCUUUGAAGUUGGGUUGUUGAGGUGCUCUGAAGAAGUAUUAGCGUGUGUUCCAUCAGUCAGUUCUCUCAUAAUUUCAUCUUCCUUUCCUUGUGUUGUCCUUGGCCUCUCUUUCUGUGUCCCUGCACUCUCUUGUUAUGGACUCCUCUCAGCUUACUGGGGACAAUGCUGAAGAGUGCAACAGUAAUGAAUCUGGGUGGACGAUGUACCUGGGCUCCCCAGUGAACAGUGAUGAUCUCAAAGCCAAUGGCAGCAAAUGGAGUAAUGUUGGCAGUGGCUGUAGCAAUGGUAGAAGCAAAAACGACAACAUGGAUUAUGAUGAUGGAGACUAUGAUUCAUUAGCUUCUGAUGCUUCCACAGGACCAGCUCAAGUGAAGGUGCUUAAUGGCAAGGAAAAGAAAAUUCAUGAGAAAAGAGACAAUUCCAUAGAAGAACAAGAUAGCGAUGAGCAAGACGAACAAACCAAGCUCCCUAACAACUGUGACAAAAAGGCAGGCAAGAUGAAGAAGGAAGAGAAGACCACCAGAAGGAGCCACAACAAGAGACGUAGUUCCUGUUCUUCACGAACAAGCUUCUUUAGGUAACUGUUGUAAAACCCUUGUAGGAUGUCUCCCAACCAUUUACAAUCUAGCUAAAAUCAGCAUGGGGAAUGCAAAUCUUUUGGGAUCUUAGGGCAAAUAUGUACCCCUUAGAUACUCUUAUCACCAUCCUCAUAGUAUCAUAUAAAAAA